UUCUCUGAUUACUUUUAGACAAAACAACAACAACAACAAUCUUGACAUAUCAAUUUCAAGUUGUUGCAUUCGAUAUAAUUUAUUUCUGGAACUAAGAAAAUUUCUGAAUUCAGUGUUGGAAAAAAACUUUCAAUCAACUUUGACACAUUUGAUAAUGAUGAUAUAUGAUGAUUUGUAAACAUCAACACACAGGAUUAAUUUACAAAUGAUGAUUUUGAUGAUCGGUCGAAUCGAACGGAUCAACUAUGAUAAUAAUAUGAUGGGGGAAAAUUUCAGUAUAUCGAAUAGCUAGACUAUUUUCUUAGAUAAUUUAAAUUACCAUUAUAAACAAAAAUGUAUCAACUUAAGGAUGCCGCCAAUGACUGAUAUGGCGAAAGUCGGUAUUUGAAAAAUUUUUUUUUUUUGGCCUCAAUUUCGUUUUAAUGAAUGAAUGAAUGGAAUCAAUGUAAAUGAAAACGAAAAAGUUCAAAUUGUAUUUGUCUGGUGGGAAGGCUGGAAGAAUUGAUUUUUUUUCAAUUAAUUAAUUAAUUUUUUUGCAAGAUUCAGCAAAAUUAAAUUUGAACUAAAUCUCCGAAAGAAGAAUCCUUGAAGAAAAAACCUUAUCCUUAUUGGAAGAAAAAAAAUGUCUCUACAUUCUUAUUUUCGAUAUCAUCAUUGGUCAUGUAUGAUGAUGAUAUGUUUGUUAGUAAUGAUAAUAUUACCAAACAAACAUGAACGAUUAAUUUUAGCAAAACCUAGUAAUCUACUCAAAGGUGUCAUUAUUCGUAAUUGGCCAUAUGCCGAUCAAUUCGGUCAACAAUAUACAGGUUUUGCUGUCGAUCUACUCGAUUUAAUUGCCGAACGUCUUGGUUUUGAAUAUUGUCUGCAUCAACCAAAUGAUGGUAAAUAUGGUUCAGUGAAUCCGGAUGGAACCGUUACUGGUAUGAUUGGUGAAGUUUAUACAAACGAAGCUGAUUUUGCUACUGGUGAUCUUGAAGUGACUGAAUCACGACGUAAAUAUGUUGAUUUUACCGAACCAUUCAUUGAGAAUCAAUUAUCGGCAAUCAUACGUCGUGAUCUGAAUAGUGAAUUAUUGUCACAAUCGAAUCAACAAAAUCGUACGAAAUAUAUGUCGUUACAAGAUUUGGUUCAAGCUAAUAAUGAAAUUAAAACCACGGAUCCACAACAGCAACAAUCAAAUGGACCAAUAAUUUUCGGUGUAGUACGUAAUAGUGCCAUUUUUGAUUAUCUUUCCCGCAGUCAAAAUCCAACUGCAAGACAGAUUUAUGAAUCAAUUAUGAAUAAUCAGGAUAAAUCAUCAUUAGUCAAUACGGCCAAUGAAGGUGUUGAUCAUGUUUAUCGUAAUCCACGUUAUGCAUUUCUUGUUGAAUCAACAUUUGCCGAAGAUGUUAUCGGACAGAAUUGUAAUCUAACAAUGAUCAUGGACCGACAAUCGAUGUAUCCUAGAAAUUUUGCCAUUGCUUUGGUACGAGGUUCACCAUAUCUUGAACGAUUUAAUCAAGCUAUUCGUGAACUGAAAGCCCGUGGUCAAGUGGAACUUUUACGGCAAAAAUAUUGGACGAAAUUUUGCGAUAAACAAGGACAAAUUCGUGAUGCUGAUAUCGGUAUUCGAUUGCCUAGUCCACCAAGUUCACCACCACAAUCACCGCCAUGGAAUGAUCCAUAUCGUUAUCAACGACCUCGAUGGCCACAACCAUCACCAGGUUAUGAAUCAAGACAAUAUGUCUAUCCAUAUGGUGUGGGCGAUGCUAGAUACAGUCAGCAGCCAGUAACAUUACAAGGUGAUGGUCAACCACAAUCACCAUAUCCACAACAGAACUACCCAGGAAGUUCAUAACAACAACAACAACGAACUGAUCUGAGACAAUAUAGAACAGAAUAUCCACAAGGAUCAUCAUGGUCAUCACAACAACGUCCUGAUUCAAGGCAAGAUCAACAACAACAACAACAAUGAUCAUUAUCAACACAGGAAACUUUGAAUAAAGGAAACAAAAUUACAAUGAUUUUUUUA